AGUAAUAACAUGUGGAAACAAAGCAUUAAUAAAAUACCAAUUCAAAAUGCAGCAGCAACAUCUUUACUACAGUUUUCUCAGAAACGAUUACUUGCAACCUCAACUGAUAUUACUUUAACUGUGAGAGAAGCACUUAAUUCAGCGAUUGACGAAGAAUUUGUUCGUGACGAACGCGUCUUCUUGAUCGGAGAAGAGGUCGCACAAUAUAAUGGCGCAUAUAAGGUGUCAAAAGGACUUCUCGAUAAAUUCGGCCCAAAACGAGUUAUUGAUACACCGAUUACAGAAGCAGGUUUUGCUGGACUGGCUAUUGGUGCUGCGUUAUCAGGACUUAGGCCAAUUUGCGAAUUCAUGACAUUUAAUUUUUCCAUGCAAGUGAAAUGUCCGAUAGUUUUUAGAGGUCCUAAUGGAUUUGCAGCUGGAGUGGGUGCACAACAUUCUCAAGAUUUCGCAGCAUGGUAUGGUUCUAUUCCAGGAUUAAAAGUUGUAUCUCCGUGGGAUAGCGAAGACUCAAAAGGUUUAUUAAAGGCAGCAAUAAGAGACCCUAAUCCAGUAGUGGUAUUGGAGAAUGAACUUCAAUAUGGUAUUUCAUAUCCGGUAUCACAAGAAGCAUUAUCAAAUGAUUUCAUCUUACCAAUUGGCAAAGCAAAAAUUAUAAGAGAAGGCAAAGAUGUCACAAUUGUGUCAUAUUCUAGAUCGUUAAAUUUUUGUCUCGAGGCAGCUCAACAAUUAGAGAAAAAAGAAGAGGGUGGGAUAUCAGUUGAGGUGAUCAAUUUGCGAUCAAUAAGACCACUUGAUGUUGACACAAUAGUUAAGUCGGUCAAGAAAACUAAUCGGUUGAUAUCAGUUGAUUCCGGAUUUCCCCAGUACGGGUUUGGCAGCGAGAUAUGUGCUAUAGCUAUGGAAACUGAAAUUUUUGAUUAUUUAGAUGCACCAGUGGAAAGAAUAACCGAUAUUCCUACACCAUACGCAGUAAAUCUUGAAGAUUUAAGUUUUCCUAAUACAAAAGUUAUAAAAAAAGUAGUUAAACGCACUUUAAAUAGGAAAAAAUAA